UAUGGGUAGCAAACAGAGAAAAUCCACUCACUGCUGCAAUCUUGAAGAUUGGAGGUGAUGGGAACCUCAGAAUUAUGGAUAGCAAUAUUCAAAAUAUCGUUUGGUCCACCAAUGUUGCUGUCGAGUCUAGUUGCACAGUUGCCGUGCUUACAGAUGAAGGGCGAUUUAUUCUGAAAGAUAAUGUCUCAGGGUCAUCUUUAUGGGAUAGUUUUAACUAUCCUUGUGAUACCUUGUUAUCGGGAAUGGUUAUUGGAUACAAUACCAGGACUGGGGUGAAACUUGCCUUAUCAUCCUGGCAGGCUGAAGAUGAUCCGUCGCCUGGGAAGUUUAUUGCUGGACUUUCAGUAGAUAUGCCACCUCAAGGCUUCAUUUGGACUAGUUACUCAAGGCCUUAUUGGAGAGGUGGACCAUGGGAUGGUGGGAGUUUCAUAGGCAUACGUGAUCCCGACAAGGGGUAUGCUAGUGGUAUAAACAUAGUAUCAGAUAAGCAUCAGGGAACUGCGAUUCUCAGUUUCAAUACAUUCAUCAAUUCCCAUGUUACGAUUGUGGUACUAAAACCAUCAGGGCUGUUGCAGAUUAUGUAUUGGGAAGAGGAAUCGAAUGUGUGGAAAGUCACUUGGGAGGGACCGGAUAAUCCAUGCGAUGUUUAUGGAGCUUGUGGUCCAUACAGUGUUUGCGACAAGAAUAAGUCUCCAGUUUGUGAUUGCUUGAGAGGAUUUGUACCAAAGUCAACUGAUGAGUGGAUCAGAGGAAAUUGGACUGGUGGCUGCGUUAGGCGAACUAAGCUUCUAUGUGAAAUCAGUACAAGUGAUAUAGCCCCAAAGGAAUCGAAAAAUGACAAGUUCUUGAAACUGAGGGAGAUGAAACUUCCAGAUUAUUACACAUAUUUGUAUGAUCAAAAUGGGAUUCAGAACUGCGAAAAGUGGUGUCUGAAUAACUGUUCCUGUGCAGCCUAUGCGUAUCCAGAUGGAAUUAACUGCAUGGUCUGGACAUCAGAACUUAUAGAUGUUCAGCAGUUUCCAUAUAAUGGAGCUAAUCUGUUUCUUCGUCUUGCAUAUUCUGAACUAGAUUUAGAUGAAGAUAACGGGAAGGCUAAACUUAUCAUCGGCUUAGCAACGGUUUCAAGCAUUCUCUUGUUGAGCAUCCUUGGAUGCAUUUUCUGCAAGUGGAAAGCAAAUAAAAGAGGAAGUGAAGCUACAGACUAUUUGUGGGAAGAGCAAGCAUUGCUAAAAGAUUCAUCAGAACUACACCUUCUUGACUUUUCUAAAUUGGCAGUUGCAACUGAUAAUUUCAAUGAAAUAAAUAAAAUUGGAGCAGGAGGAUUUGGCCCAGUUUACAAGGGAAAACUAGAAGAUGGACAAGUGAUAGCUGUCAAACGAUUAUCUAGUUUCUCUGGCCAAGGAAUUGAAGAGUUCAAGAAUGAAGUCUUGCUGAUCUCCAAACUGCAGCACAGGAAUCUCGUCAGAAUAUUGGCCUAUUGCGUUCACGGGAAAGAGAAGUUACUGGUUUAUGAGUACAUGGCUAACAGAAGCUUAGACACUUUGUUAUUUGAUCCAAAAAGAAGUCAUCAUCUUCCUUGGCCAAAACGUUUAGACAUGAUUUAUGGCAUUGCUAGAGGGCUUCUAUACCUUCACCGUGAUUCUUGUUUACGGGUCAUUCACCGGGAUUUGAAGGCAAGCAAUAUUCUCUUGGAUGGUGAUAUGAAUCCAAAAAUCUCAGAUUUUGGCUUGGCUAGAACCUUUCAAGUGACUCAAGAGCUAGCAAACACUCAUCGGAUAGUGGGAACAUUCGGCUACAUGUCGCCUGAGUAUGCAAUGGGUGGACUGUUCUCUGAGAAAUCUGAUGUCUACAGCUUCGGCGUGUUGCUACUGGAGAUUGUCAGUGGUCAGAAAAACAACAGCUUUUAUGACAAUGAUAGGCAUUUCAAUCUUCUGAGCUAUGCAUGGAAGCUUUGGACUGAAAGCAAAGGACUAGACUUAAUGGAUAAAUCAAUAUCGAAUUCACGUUCCGCUGCAACAGUGUUGAAAUGCAUACAUAUUGGCCUUCUGUGUGUCCAGGACCAUGCAGUUGAUAGGCCAUUAAUGUCAUCUGUAGUUCUUAUGCUAAGAAGUAAGAUGGAUCUGCCUCAACCAAAGCAACCUAAAUUUAUAUUUAAAAGGUGGUUGAAUUCUGAUGCCCAAUCACAAAGCAGUAAAGCAAGGUCCAUUAAUGGUAUUACUAUAUCUUCAGCAGAAGGGCGAUAACCAAUCGGAAAAUACUAAGAAUUAUGUAAUUGAGUUUCAAGAUUUUAUCUGUACUGAAUUAUGUAUAGCAUGAUAAAAAGGUUCCAACACUUCUUUCUCCUUUUUAGGUCAGAUAGCUCCAUCACUUGAUUCGACUUUUUCUUUUUUGUUUCUUACAUCUCUUGAUGUAAAUAGAGAAGUG